AUGGCCAUCAUGGAAUCAUCACGUCUGAUGACAAUUCUUUCCACCUUAUUCUCAACCAUUUCAUUACUUCUCAUCAUCAUCAUCCUACCAUCCUUUUUUACUUAUAUUCAACGUUCCAAUACUGCAUUGCUUUCAGAGCUUUACAAAUGCUAUAUUAAUAGCAAUGAUGUUUGGAGGAAUGUCCUGCAACUUCAAUUUAGCACGCAGUCGCGCAAACGUCGAUUUUAUAAUGCUCCAACAAGCGAACGACCACCUUCCACAUGUUGCAGCUGCCAACAGGGUAAAGCUGGACCACCAGGUAUACCUGGAAAGCCUGGACGAGAUGGAGCCGCUGGACCAUCGGGAUUGCCAGGAAGAGAUGGCAAACCUGGACAACAUAUGAUGCCACCGAAAGGUAACGAAAACAGUUGUCAAAAGUGUCCGAUAGCUUCACCAGGACCUCCGGGAUUAUCUGGUCUGAGAGGACCGAGAGGACCACGCGGAAUUCCGGGCGUGCCUGGAGAUGAUGGUCCUCCGGGAAGAAAAGGACCACCAGGACCAACGGGUGUUCGAGGUCCUCCUGGACCAUAUGGACCAAAAGGACCAACAGGUGAUCCUGGGCGCAUACUCAAUGGAGCACCUGCCGGACCAAGAGGGCCUCCAGGACCGAUUGGAUCGCGAGGACGUAUCGGAAGUCCUGGACGAGAUGGCAAUCCUGGAGAGAUGGGCAUGGCAGGAAUGCGCGGAGAGCAAGGCGAAAGAGGAAGUAAUGGCGCACCGGGAUUACGAGGACCACCAGGACCUCCUGGGCCACAAGGAAACAAAGGUAGUUGUGAUCAUUGUCGACCACCGAAAGACUUAUCAUUAUCAGAAAAUCCUUCCGUCAUAAGCAGUAAACCAGUUGAACCAAAAACUACGGGAUAUACGAAUUUGAACGUACCACGUUACUACAGUAAUGAACCGGUAAAGGGUACUGGUAAUCGUCCACUUGGUUAUGAUAUCAAUAAUGAUGAAAGAUUGAAAGACGAAAAACAAAAUGGUUCCGGUGAUGAGGAACGCAUUGCUCGAGGGAAAUUGAAAUUUCGUGAUCCAUAUAAUACGAAAAGAAUUGAGAAAAAUGAUGUAACGAAGCUAUAUGAUCAGAAACAUCAUCGACCACUUCGAGUAUCACCAGCAAUAAGGAAGAAUGGAUACUACUCUUAG